CUCGGAGUCUGUGAUUGUUGUGAGCUGUCAAAGUCAAAACGCUACAUAACCUAUUAUUCGUAAAGUUAAAUUCGCCUGAAAAGGAAUUUGGGCUAUUUAUUUUUCCAAAUAUUAGGUAUUGAUCAAACAAAAAAACUAAUGCCAAACGUGCUGCUCUUGUUUUAAACACAGAAAACGUUCGAAACUGGACCAAAAAUGACAAGCCAAUUAAUGAGAGGUUGGAAUUUUUAACUUAUGAGUAAUACUCAAUUUUUAAAUUAAAUACCAUUCUUAAGACUGAUUAGAGUUAUGAAGAUUUUACCUGUUUUGCUUGUUUUAUUUAUGUUAAACUUCGUAUUUUCUCUUGAAAAUACUUUUCUUGGCUGCUAUAAUAAUAUUUCCCCUGGAAAGAGAAUAUCUAUUGAACAAUACAGGUCAAAGACAGAAUGUAUCAAAGAAUGUUUUACUAAGUACUACAGAUACUCUUUUAUCUAUAAUGAAGGCAACUGUAUGUGUGGAAACUAUCUAGGAGAACAAAUUUCUAAUGACACUUGUAGUGAGUGUGAGACAUGCAACCCUAACAUUAAAAUUAAUUUAACUGACACUUAUGCUACAGGAAAUCUAGUGCCUGGACCUCCAAAAAAUUUUGUAAUAUCCAAUAUUACAGAGAGUCAUGUUAGAUUAACAUGGCAAGAACCUGAAUCUUUUGUAGAAAUCUCCAAAUAUAGGAUAAGGGCUAUUGUGAUACAUACCUACUCAAGUUACUCACCGUAUAGUCCACAGUGGUUGUAUUCCAAUAAUACAUUUCAGACAGAACUUAUUACAUUGUUACCAGCAACAAAAUAUAAUAUUACUUUAUCUACCAUUUCACCAGAUGGAGACGGUGCUUUAGUUUUUAGAGUUAUUGAAACAAAAAUUGACACACCUGAUAGUGAACCUGCCAAACCAGAAAUUAUUGAAAAUAGAGGACACCAAAUUGAUAUUAAAUUAUUACCAACUUCAAAUAAUAAUGGUCCUGUUACAUCCUACAAAGUAAUUGUUGUUAAUGAAGACCUCAAUCAAGAUUUUGACCAGUCUAUUCUAACUUCUUACCAUGAAGCAAACAGAAAUGAUCUGUCCUAUUACAUAACAGCAGAAUUGAAUCCCAAGGAUAUUAAUAAAGUAUUCACUAUUGGUGAUGGUCAAACCUAUGGACCUUACUAUAAUGCUCCAUUAGAUCCAGAUGUUAACUAUAACAUAAUUGUAGCACUAAUAAGCAGAUUAAAUGGCAUUGAAAAAAUUAAAUACAGUAACGGUGCAGUUACAGGGGGUGGCGUAUCUAUUCUUAAUGUUUCUGAUGAUCAGGUUGGGGGCGAUUCUCCUGCUGUCAUCAUUGGAUUGUCAAUAGCCAUUGGAUUAUUGACUUUUAUGUUGAUCGCUGGUAUCAUUGGAUUUAUCAUUUUAAAAAGCAGGGUUGUUAAUAGAAGGCAUCGGCUUUCAGACAAUCAAGAAUUGACUCUUCAAGGGCCCAUGAUUGAAGUUGAAAAUAAUGGUUACAUUCACGAAGAUGAGCCAAUACCUGUGAAUCACUACAGAAACCUGAAACAAAGAGUAAGAACCCUACCCUCGAAUCAGCUCAAAGUUGAACCUACUAACUUACUUGGCGUGGGAAGAUAUGGCAGAGUUAAUAGUGCAUUAUUUCAAGAGAAGGAUACCGACACCGAGAUUCCUGUGACUGCGUACACUAUUCAAGACAAAAAAAUGUCUCAGGAAACAAGAAAAGCUAUGCUAGAGGAAUUAGACAUUCUUAUAAAGGUCGGAAAACAUGAAAAUACGAUAGGAUUGGUGGGAAUGUGUGAAACAUCUCAUUUAAUUUAUGUAGUAUUAGAACAUGCUUCCCUUAAUCUUAAAGAUGUUCUUCUCGGAAGUAGAGAUUCUUUACCGGGUAGAUUUAGCAAUAUGUCUGAAGCUCAAGCUCUUAGUAUUGCUGUGCAGAUUGCUAAGGGAAUGGCACAUUUGGAUGCAUGUAAAAUUAUCCAUAAACAGCUGUGCGCUCGAAGCGUUGUGAUUUCUUCCGGUAAUGUACCAAAGAUCACCAGUUAUGGUUUAGCGCAAUAUUUCAGCCACAAUAAAAUACCUGAUUAUACAAGAUGGAAAGCUGUUGAAAUUUUUAAAAACCAUCCCUACAAUAGGAAGAGCGAUGUUUGGUCAUUUGCAUGUUUAUUAUGGGAAAUUUGUGCUCUAGGUGGUACACCUUAUGGAUCUGUAGCCAAUAAUGAAAUUCCUGACAAAAUCUUGAAAGGAUUGAGGCUACCACAGUUGCAGUAUAUCGACCAUGACUUUUAUCAAAUUAUGUUGGAUUGCUGGCAGCUUGAUUUUGAUGAACGUCCAACUUUUAUGCAACUCGUUGAUUCUUUAGAAAAUCUGAAGGAAAAUACAAUCGUGUCACAUUUAAACUUCAAACUCUUCCCUAACUUUCAAUAUGAGCAGUUCUAUCCUGAUAUGGAACUCGCCGUUAGACCAGUGUUUUAAUACGUUGACUGCGAAGCCGAAUUUAAAUAACAUUUCUAAUGUGUGACACAUGCCGUAUAUGGCAUGCCAUGUGUUUUCACCUAUGUGAGUAGAUUUGUAUAUAAACCCAAUCUUUUCAUCAGAGGUACAACUUUUAUCUAAACUUAUUACGUCAACUACUUGCAUAUGAAGGUGUCAUAGGUAUGUACCUCAUCAAUGAGAAAAUAAAUAUUUUUUUUAUAGAUAACUCAAAACAAUAUUUGAUUCUUCUGAACAAAAAUUAAUAAAGUAGAUAUGUUUGGAAAAGGCAUGUGCCGCAUACAAUUAAAAAUGUUAUUACUUGUAUGUGGCACAUGCCUAUUUUGGCUUGUGAGACAAAAACACUUUAACACUGUCUUACAUCAACUGACAACCCCAUUGCUACAAGUUUCAUACAAAUCGAAGUUAAAGAAAUACUGAUGAUUUUCCUGCCGCACAUAAGUUAAAAUGAUCACAUGCCGAAAACGGCAUGUGUCGCAGUCAAGGUGUUAAGACCAACCGAAUGUUUUAUGUCUAUUACUUUGCUAUUUUUUUUAUUUUUAAAACUAUUGAAUUUUUUUGAUAUAUGAACAAAAUAAUCUGUACUCUUUACAGUGCAGAAAAAUUGAUCCUGUAAUUUUGCAGCACAAAGUAUGUAAUAUUUUAAGUAUUUUUUUGUAUUUCUCUAAUAUUUAUUUUUGAUAUUAUCAUUCCUUUUGAUGGUACUUUAUACAUUCCAUAUUUUAUAUUUAUACAAAUUUACGUAUUGUUGGUAGAGAUCCUAACAUUUUUAGUACCGUUAUUUUUUAGGAUUUUAUUAAAAUUACAUUAGGCAAUUUAAAAAAACAACUUCAAUUCUAUUGAGACUGAAACAUUAUUACAUAUUUAUUAUUUUGACAUAUUUUCAAAAUAAUCUUUGAUAAAAUGAGAGACAUUAGUUAUUCUAAAAUUAGAGACUUAAACCUAAAGUAAGUAGUUUAACAAGUCGACACACUCUAAAUAUUUUAAAAACCGCAGUGAAUGCCGAUCAUUUAGCUCAAAAUUAAAAUAACAGACCUGUCUAAUACACACAAAGUUUAAAUAAUUUAAAAACUGCAGUGAGUUCUGCAAGAGCGUAGAAGGGCCACAAAAUAACGUUUUUUUAUUUUUCUGACUUUAUAUGGAUAUUAUGAAAAACAUUGAAUGCAACAAAAAAGCAUUGUCAUAAUUGGUGUAAGCAACUGCUUUAAUACUUUCCAAACUAUCUGUGAAGAUAUCUAAUGAAUUACAAUAUAAAUUAAUGUUAUUACACAUGGCAUUGAGAGGUGAGCUUAAUAGAAUAUUUGUUCUAGAUCUGUUUAAUAAAAAUGUUGUAUGUUAUUAUACCGAUGAACAUUUAAAUUAAUUUAAACUAAAAUAGUUGGACAGUCAAUUAAUCCAUUCGUGAUUUUGUAUGAUGUCAAAGAAGCUAUAAUUCUCCGAAAUUCAAGGCUAUCCAUGGUAAAACUAUCCAAAAGUAGCUGAUAAUCGAUUCCUCUUGGAGGGUAGACACCAUUUACUUUUAAAGUUAAAUAUUUCAAAAACUUCCUUUGAACAGAUUCAACACUAAUCAUGUGAAUAUUAUAGUAGGAAUACCAGAUAGUUGAACAGUACUCAAGCUUAAUGCGGAUGUAUGAAUAGUAUAAUGUUUUUAAUGCUCCAAUGUCCCUGGUUCCACGACAGUUUCGUAUAACAAAACCAUACAUUCCUCGAGUCAAAAGUGACACCCAGAUCAGUGAUACAGGAACAACGUGACAAAACUAGACCAUUAAUAUUAUAAUAGAAAUCUGUAGUAGAUCUUUUUCUGGUGAAUACCAUUACUUUACACUUAGAUGUAUUUAGCAUUAACCUAUUUUGCAUACACCAAUCUGAUAAUAUAUCUAGGUCCUGCUGAAGCGCUAAACAGUUAUACAUGUCUAGUACUAAUAGAUAUAUUUUAAAGUCAUCUGCAUAAAUAAGUUUACAAGAAUUUAAAUGGUGAUCGAGAUCAAUAAUAAAUAACAAAAACAGCAACGCGACAAGGUUUGAACAUUGUGGGACACCUGAUUUUCUUGAGGUGCCACGGCUCCUUGAGGUUUAUCAACGAUAGACUUUAAUUCCAUUCCUUGAUAUUUUUUUGAGGUACCCCGGUCCCAUGAGGUUUAUCAACGAGAGACUUUAUUUUUAUUAGUUUAAGUUUGUAUAUUAUUUUUUUGAAGUGUUAAGAGUUUUUUGUUGUUUAGUUGAAAAUGGUAUAAAUUAAUAUUUAUUAAGAAUAUAUGAAUAUUAAUUAUAUGAUUUACAAUAACAGUCAAAUACUAAUGAAAAAGUCAGGUUAACAGACUUUGUUAUUUUUGCCAAGCAUUAGCUAUUUUUGUCCAUUCUAACAGGACAUUGGACUGCCUAAUUAGUCAUCAUAAAGACCUGUCCAAAUGGCUGCCUGUUGGCUUUAACAAGGUCAAUGAUAUAUAUCGUUAUAUAGAUUACUCAAAGUAUGGGUCGCAUUGCGAGCGGCCAUAUUGCCUCGUAAGUGCACAUUAAUCAGAAUCGAUUUAGCAAAAAUGUUUUAAAAUGUCAGUCUUUGAAUAUAAUAAAAAAUGACAUAUCAGAUAUCAUACAAAGCAAUAAACUUCGGAACCAUUCGCAAUUAAAAUGUACAUAUCUUGAGAUUUAAAGGACUUUUUCAUCCUUCAUCUCUAAAUUACCAUCAAUGGUUACCCCAUUGUCAAUUAAUUUUUUCACUUAUUAGUCACACUUUGUAUGGCGCCGUGGAAAAUUUUUAUUUAAAAAAUGCGCCGCAACUCUAAAAACUUACGUAAUAAUAG